AGGGGAGUGCUGUGCAGCCUACACCUUCACCAGUUCCUGUCCAUCCCCGGUGGGUGCGGUGGGGCAAGUUCCAACCUUUCAUCCCCCUGUCUUGGCACCUUCUGGUAUUUCAUUCCGUCCAAACCACACGCAUUCACAACAGUCCCUGGCCUUGGACUCUCGUCCCCCGCGAGAAGCCACGAGAAAACCCAUGUGAACCGAGUGCCGCAUUUCCACCUCCGACCCCAACAACCCGAUUGUCCUUCCCCUGCCUUUCCCCUGUUUCCGCAGGUCCUCCUCGGAUAAAGAAGGCCAGAUGCGUCGGCUUUCUCGGUCCUCUGCGUUCCAACUUCUCCCGCCAUUGCCCGGGAGCUGAAAAAAGUCACCCUUUUCUUUUUUUUUUAUCGUUUUCCGUUGCUUCCUGGAAUCUUGAGAAUUCUCUCUGUUUCCAUGGCCAGAGCCCUGUUUUUCCUCUGCCUCUUGCUGGCCCUCGCGGACCCGUCUUUUUCUCUGCCCGACGAGCUCUUCUUCACCGGGUUCGACGGCGCCGUGGGGAGCAACGUGAGCCUCAGCGGCGUCGCGGAGGUCGAGGACAGCGGCGCCCUUCGCCUCACCAAAGACUCGCUCCGGGUUCUUGGGCACGCCUUCUACUCGUCCCCUGUUCGGUUCAAGGACUCGGGCAGUGGCAAAGUGAGGUCCUUCUCGACUUGUUUUGCCUUCGCGAUUGUCCCUCAGUACCCGAAGCUCGGGGGUCACGGCCUCGUCUUCACGAUCUCUCCCGACAAGGAGCUUACCGGGGCUCUUCCUAGUCAGUACCUCGGGCUUCUGAACACGAACGAUAAUGGUAACUUCUCGAACCAUGUUUUUGCGGUUGAGUUUGACACUGUUCAGGACUUCGAGUUUGCCGACAUAAACGACAACCACGUUGGGAUUGACAUCAACAGUCUAGUGUCUAAUAAGUCUGCCCCUGCUGCGUAUUACGCUGAGAAUUCCACAAAGCAGGACGUUAAUCUCAAGAGUGGUAAAGUAAUUUUUGCUUGGAUUGAUUAUGAUUCACUCAACAAUCAGUUGGAUGUGAAGAUUUCGCCGUCUUCCGUCAAGCCCAGUAAUUCGCUUCUGUCUUUAGAUGUGGAUCUGAGCUCGGUCUUUGAGGAAACCAUGUAUGUCGGGUUCUCUGCUGCGACCGGUUUGCUCGCUAGCCAGCAUUACAUCUUGGGUUGGAGUUUUACGAUGAAUGGAGAAGCUAGAUCUUUGUCUCUGUCAUCUCUCCCUUCUCUUCCCGGGCCUAAGAAGAGCGAUACGCCCUUAAUUAUAGCAGUUUCGGUUACCGCUGCUGCUGUGGUUAUCUUAGUUGCUGCAUUGGCCGUUUUCAUCAUCAAGAAGAUCAGGGAUGCAGAUGUUAUUGAACCUUGGGAGCUCGAUAUUGGGCCGCAUCGAUUCCCUUACAAAGAACUCAAGAGGGCGACCCGCGGUUUUAGAGACAAAGAGCUGCUUGGAUUCGGCGGGUUUGGUCGAGUUUACAAGGGCACUAUACCGAACACAAACACCGAAGUCGCGGUUAAGCAGAUCUCGCACGAAUCAAAACAGGGUCUGCAAGAAUUUGUGUCUGAGAUUGCCACCAUAGGGCGUCUUCGGCAUAGAAACUUAGUCCAACUAUUUGGAUGGUGUCGGCGUCGGGGCGAUCUUUUACUUGUCUAUGACUUCAUGCCUAAUGGAAGCUUGGACAAGUACCUAUUUGAUGAACCCAAAACCGUUCUGACUUGGGUACAGAGAUAUAAAAUUGUCCAAGGCGUGGCUUCGGGCCUCUUGUAUUUGCACGAGGAAUGGGAGCAGACUGUAAUCCACAGAGACAUUAAAGCCGGCAAUGUAUUACUGGAUGCAGAGCUAAACGGUAGGUUAGGCGACUUUGGUCUUGCCAAGUUAUACGAGCACGGGGCUGUUCCGAGCACUACACGCGUCGUGGGCACAUUGGGUUAUCUCGCGCCCGAGCUCACACGUACGGGCAAGCCCACGACGAGCUCGGACGUGUUUGCGUUCGGUGCAUUGCUACUCGAGGUCGUCUGUGGCAGAAGACCUAUCGAGCCGAAAGCCUUGCCUGAAGAGCUCAUUCUGGUGGACUGGGUGUGGGAGAAGUGGAGGACAGGGGCUAUACUGGAUGUGGUGGAUUCGAGAUUGAAAGGUGAAUUUGACGAGAUCGAGGCCGUUGUAGUGUUGAAGCUGGGAUUGAUGUGUUCGAACAAUGCCCCGGAGUCGCGGCCUACAGUGAGGCAGGUGGUGAGAUACUUAGAAGGGCAGGUGGCGUUGCCGGAGACAGUGGCCGCACCAGAUGCGGAUGAUGAGAAGAAGGGCAAAAUCUGCAGCGCUAGCGAUGGGAAUUUUGAUGAUUUUGUCCAUUCCUAUCGGUAUCCGACGUCUUCAUUUAUGGAGAAGGUCAGCACAUGUUCAUCCGAUGAUCGGGAUCGGGAUCGGGAUCGUGAUCUUGAAGCAGGCUUGGCCUCACCGCUUUCGCAUUCCGGCAGUGGGGAUGGCAGGUAGCCGCUGGAGAACCCUAAUGAUAUUUUUGUGUUGUGUCGACAUUUUCUGUAAUCUUGUUUGACGUCAAGCUUUUUUCUGCCUUUGUGCAGUGUACAUAAUAUGCGUAUAAUCCCCUUUUUUCAGUUUUUUAGAAUUGUCUAUGGGAUUUUUUGCUUCCAGUCCAGAGGUCAUCAGCAUUCAUCCUUCUUCUGUUAAUACUUAGUUCGAUUCAAGAUAUCUUCUUAUGUAACCUUCGAGUUUUCUAUGCUCGAUUUUCAUGAAUGAUAGCGAUGUUCUAGCUGCUUA